GAGUACAGAAGCAAUUGUCAAAAAUAGAAAAAACGGGACUUGUAGUAAUUUUUUAAGACUCGAUAAAUUAAUUAGCACAAAAAACCAAUCCAAAAAAAUGUAAAACGAGAAAAAUUAUAAAACCAGUAAGUAACACAAAGUAAUUUGCUGAUAUUUGAAAAAAAAAAACCAGCAACGACCAUGACGUCCAUACUGGAUAUGAAGCCAGGUCCGCCCGAUUACUGGGCGGACGUUUAUAACUUCUUUUUGCCGCUGAAGUACUUCAUUAUAAAUGAACGCUUCGAUGCGCUGAUGCAGCAUGUGGAUUUGAACUAUUUGCUCAAUGCAUUGUUCUGGAUAUUUCUCUUUUUUGCCGGAGGUUUUAUUGGAUUCUAUAAAAUAUUUGAGGUUUUCUUAAAAACGUCCAAUAUAAAGUUUUACAAACGCAAACAAUUUGCUCGCUCCGUUUGGAAUAUUUCUUUCUAUGCCGCUUGUACACUUUUCCUUUAUUUCUACAAUGAAUUGAUGUUGUUGCCACAGCUGUCUAAAAAUCAAGGACGUUAUUCUUUGUUUUAUUCCUCGGAGAAUAUGAUUUUCUACAAAUCGCAACAAUGUGAAAAAUUUCAAUUCUAUUCGCUAUUUAUAAUAACAUUUUAUUUACAUAAUGCCAUAUUGGAUUUUAAGGAAUCCGAUUAUCUAGAGGCUUGCUCAAGGACGCUCUACUUACUUGCACUGGUGGCCAUUGAUGUAUACAAAUAUGAAAACUAUUUUGUCGGCCUGAAUCUCAGCUUAGGCGUCUAUAAUAUACUUACAGAGACUCUCUUUUUAUUAGCUUUAAUCAAUUCGAAUGGUAGCCGGUUGUUGUUCCAAGUCUUUUUGGGUCUACGCAUAGCCUCUUGGUCACACGUAUUCAUCAGCUUGCUACCAUUCAAAUAUUUAGUUCCUACGUUAUUUGCCAAAAAUUUUAAAAUUAUGUUAAAUGUUGCAAUUUGGUUAUGGUAUGGGCUAUCAAUAUGGAAUUCACCAGUGUUGCAGUAUUUUUAUCAUCAAAUAUACCACUCAUCGCCCGUGGAUUGUUCAGGAGAAGGGUCAGCUGCAAAAUGCAUCUUGCUGAAGGAUUCGAGCGAGCAUCGCCACUUUAAAACACUCAAAAAGGCUUAUAUGGAAGUAAAACUAGCACAAGAAAAACUAAAAAUUAGCACGUUAGCCAAUUCGUCUGCUUCGGAGAGUUCCUGUACAUCGGCCAAAGCCUUCCAAGCAAUUAAAUGCAUAAUGACUUUAAAGCGAAAAUUGAAACGUAUACGCGAAGGUCGUGGUUCGGAAAUGGAAAUGGAGAAUGACACCGAAGACAUGGCUAAUGAAUAGAUGUGAAAACUAUCUAUUGAACUAACGUGUGCUUCUUGUCGCGUAAUUUACAAAACUGUGCAAUCUCUUUGCGAUUUUUGGCCUUGAAUGUCGUUGACGCCUAACCCAAGAAGACUUUAUUUCGUCGGCUGAGUCGAAGAUCGCACUAUCUCGGCUGUCGGUUAGAAAAGGCCUUUAUUUCAAAAUUUGGUUGAAAGACACCCUAUUUCAGCGGCAGCUUCGAAAACGCUCUCUCUCAAUAUAAGUUGAACACACCGCCAACUGAGAUGGGGCGUUUUUGAACCGGAAGCCGAGAUAGGGCGAUCUUUCACUCAGCCACCGAUUUAUGAUUAUUAUACAAAUCAAACUCCAAUAUUUUACUUUUUAAACUGUCAACACUCUCAGCUCUCUAUCUUCCACUUAACUUCACACUAGUCCAUUAUUUUAUAUUAGAUAUGUAUUUUUGUAUUUUCAAUCCAUGUAAGCAAUUUGUUUGAUCUUUAAAAUAAUCCUUGAAAAGACAUUUUUUUGCGAUGCGUAUUUAAUUAAGUAAGUCAUCGCACUUUGUUAGUUUUACCGCUCUUUAUAUUUACUUAUAUUUUACAACUAUUGUGGUUAACAAAAAUAAUAAUGUUGGAAUUGUAAUAAA